UUAAAUGGAACAGAAUUGACUUAAUGGAGUAAUUGAAUGCAUUGGAUUUCUUCAUUAUUUCAUAUUAUCUGAGUAGCAGCUCUGUCUGACAAUAUCAUGCCAUUCAACCAAGGAACUCUGGUAAUCUUGUCAAUUCUGAUGGCUUUUCUAGCCUUUUCUAUAGUGCUAGGAAAUGGCUUGGUUAUUAUAGCAUUUGUGGUGGACAAAAACCUUAGGCUUCGGAGUAAUUUUUUUUUCCUUAAUCUGGCUAUUUCUGACUUUUUUGUGGGUGCAAUCUGUAUUCCUUUAUAUAUCCCUUAUGAAACACAGGGAAGAUGGGAUGCUGGAAACAAGCUCUGUGUAUUCUGGCUAGUUAUUGAUUAUCUUUUGUGUACGACAUCUGUGUAUAACAUUGUCCUUAUCAGUUAUGACCGGUACCAAUCAGUCUGCAAUGCUAUAUCUUAUCGAAAUAAGCCAUCAUCGAUUUCAAGGACAGCUACUUUUAUGGUAGCCGUGUGGGUGCUGGCAUUCAUGGUACAUGGUCCAGCAAUUCUAAGUGGGAGCAAAGAUCAGACUGAGAAAACAGAAUGCAGAAAUCAACUUCUUUUUACUGACUAUUACAUCAUCACCACUUCCAUCUUGGAGUUCUUGAUCCCAACCAUCUUGGUGACCUAUUUUAACUAUUGUAUUUAUUGGAGCCUCCAUAGUCGCAGCAGAGUCAGAGGCAGCCUUGUUUCCACCCCUAACAUUUCUUCUUCAGUCCAAGGCAACUCAAUGACAUGUGCAUUCUUUCCAAUGGUGCGUCUCCCUAAACCAGAUGAAGAAGUUCCUUCCUCUUCCGUGAAAAAGAUAAGAAAGAAAAGCCUCUUUGCUUCUUUUAGAACCCGAGAGGAGGAGGAAACAGCUUCUGCUGAAUUGACUUCUUUAUCCCACUCGAAUUCUGUGCCCAUUGUCUUGAGAGCUCAGCAUGAAUUGCUCAGAGACAGGAAAAUAGCCAAGUCACUUGCUAUUAUUUUGGGGGCUUUUGUCUUUUGCUGGGCUCCCUAUAUUUUAUUCACAAUUAUUCGUUUUGCUUGUAAUCAAAGGAGAGACAAUUCCUGGUAUACUUUUACAUUUUGGCUUCAAUGGUUUAAUUCCUUCCUCAACCCUUUUCUGUAUCCUUUGUGUCACAAAAGGUUCCGGAUUGCUUUCAUGAAAAUCUUUUGUAAAAAAAAGCAUACAGCUUCAACACAAGUAUCACUUUUUACUCAAGGACAAUGUAGGAAAAUUUAAAUUUCACAACUUGUAUGUGAGCUUAUUUGAGCUCACAUCUUACCCCUUUCAUUGUGGUGCUCCCUCUGCUUUCUCUCCCUCUUCCUUACGUGGGUGAGGGGGGAAUCCUCAUUACUUCUAAAUAAAUCUGGACAGUUGGAUAAUUAUCUGGAAUAUUUCUGGAAAUAAGGGAAACUUGAGAGAUAUUAAGGCAUAUUAGUCAGGAGGUCUAGGUUUUAGUCCUUGUUCUGCUGCUAAUUUGUUUUGCAGUCUGGGUUUUUUUUUUGGAGAUGGGGUCCUGGGUUCCUUAUGUAAAAUAAAAGGAUUGCAAUAUAUGAAGCCUCAUGUUCCUUUUAAAGUUCUGAACCCAAAUGUUUUUGACAAAUUAAAAUGUAUUAUAUCAACAAUUUAAAGAUAGAAACGAUCUUAGAAGCUAUAUAAUCCAACUCUCUUAUUUUACAAAUUAGGAGCUUGAGGCCCAGAUAUGUCCAAAAGUGGCAAAGAUAUGUCAUGGAAAUGCAUCCUCAGAUGGCCAAUUUAUUGGCAUUUCUACUAUCGACUGCCUUGUGGAUCAGUUAUUAUAUCUUUAAAAAUAUGUAACCACAAUUGUACCUCAUUUAUUUUAGUUGUCUCUCUGGGUUGUGACAUUACCUAAAUUUUGCAGGGCAAAGUUUUUCUGAUUUCUGUACAGACUUCCAUUUUAUUCUUUCUAUGGGAAUUCUUUUUUAUCUUGAUCCAUCACUAGCUAAGAAAGAGAUAGGGACUAGACUUAUUAUUUCAUGGGUAUAGGGAUUUCUCAGGCAAGGAAACUCCUACUAAUGCAGGUCAGUCAGUUCCUUCUCUUCAAGUUACAAUACUAAACGGAUGCCUAGAGGAUUGAAAAGGUAAGUAAUUUGCCCCACAGUUAGUAUAAAUGAGAGGUGGACCUUGAACCCAGGUCUUCCUAGAAAAAUAAGGAUCAUAUUGGCCUUCGAUUCUUGUUUGUGAAGAAAAACAUUCAGUGGAAGGGGUGGUCUAAAUUCUUCAAGAGCCUAAUCAGAAUCAUCUUAAUGAGGACUUAGUAACCCCAGGAGCAGAAAUCAAUCAUGAGAAAGGAUGGAAAAAUGGAUUAAAAACCUGACCUGCUUCAUUCCUAAUUUCCCUCUUCUCUUCCUAAUUAUACCUGAUUAGUAUUUUGUUCUACCAGGGAGAAAGGUACAGAUUAAAGAGAGGAGUAGGAGGGUCACCAAGACUAAGAAAGCAUGUUUAGAGAGGCCUGAAAUGGUUGGAACAGAGAUAAUAUUCUGCAACAUGAUCACUCUGAAGAAGAAAUACUGCUUUUUUGAUUAUAGAGGUACCUAAAAAACAGUUUUUCACAAUAAGAUUAUCUGUACCUGAAGGACAGAAGAUCUGUUACCUAUUGCUUUUGUAAUAUCCACAGGGGUAGGCAUCAUUUUAAAUAAAUAAGGGGUAUUGUGGAAGGAGUUGAAAUCCCAGGAUGAGAUCUCGGCAAGGUUACACCUUCUUUGGUCUGAGGUUCUCACGUGUAAAAUGAUGAAACAAGGCCAUAUGAUAUAUCCUGGACUCUGUCUGUUAUGUUUGUUCUUUCCUGAUUGGAGAUGAAUAAAUAUUUAUCAUGAAAUGGAGAGAUACUGGCUUGGAGAUGUAUUAUGAAUUGAGAGGUCCACAGGUCCCACUGAGUUACGGGAGGAAUAGCAAGGGAAGAGUCCCUACCAACUACUCCAUUGUUCUUUGAGAUGACUGUCACUGACUGGAAGGUUGGGCUCAAGAAAUGCCAGUAGAGGUGUCCUGGGAAUUGC